UUAGGGUUUUUUUUCUGUUCUCUCGAUGAAUCACUCUCAUCUUCCUCCUCCUCCUCCAACCAAAGUGCAGACGGAGUGUGGGAAUUGCGGCUCUCACGGUCGGUGGAUUCUUCAUCAUGUUCGUUUACGAGGAAGACCGCCGUCGUGUUGCUCUGUGCGGCUAAGAUCGCUUCUGCUUCGAUGGGGAAGGCUGUGAUUGUUGCGCGUGCCGAUGCGGAGAGGAAAGUGCGGGAGGUGGCUGUGGCCAGGAAGAGAGCCAGAGAGGCUCUUGAGCAUGUUGGUUUUCUUUUGGCUAGAGAGAGAGCUAGGCGUAAGGAGGAGGCGUCCAUGGAGGUUUCGGGUUCCGGGAAUAUGGAGAUGAAGGACAAAGAGAGGAAUAGGAAUUUGGGUUCCAUGGUGAAAACUGAGAAUUCCCUUGAGACCCCUGCAGUGCCAACUUUGAACACUGGUACCACUUUAACUCAGAGGAGGGAGAGCUUGAAUGGGUUCGUGAGACAGAUGUCUAUGGUGAAGAACGAGGCAGCUGCUUCCGUGCAGGAAACUGCAGAGGCUGACCGUUUACAGAGUAACAACACCAUUCCUUCAAGUGAGAAGGAGAAGUCUGGAAACUUUGCUGAUAAUGGGGAUGUUGAGAAUGUGCAAAAUGAUCACAAAAUAGCCCUUUGAAGUUGUUCAUUGGUUAUAAUUCUGAAGAUGCCGAGGCAUGGUUGUAGGAGGACUGACCACAUCAUUGUGAUAUGGAUUUGAAGUAAGCAAAUUUAUUAAGCUAUUUUCGUAUUGGGUUCGACCUGGCUGUUUAGGAAUUCAUGUAGCGAGGUUAGCACAAUGCCUGUGAAUAUUUCCAGAGAUUCCUUGCUCAGAUUUGGGUCGUCUAGAGAUGAUUAUACAAAGUCUCUUUAAGUAGUAAGGGGUCCCUCCUUUGUUGCAUGCUGUAACAAAUGUUGAUUAAUUGAAGCUUUUUUAACAUUUUUCUGUGUGCCUGCCUGCCACACUGCUGAAUUCAAAUGCAUUCUUUACCUGAAACCCCCUAUCAACCAUGAUCAUCUUACACUCUUGACUUGAUUGAGAUAGCUUUAUGGCUCUAUUUUGCUUGUUUUGUCUCAAGAUUGGUGACGGUCAAAGAGAAAAUCACUGAAGGAUUGGGUUAAGUGUUGUUUUCAUUCGCUGCAUUUCUUCUGGAAUUCUGAUAUUGUAGCUGUAAUAAUAUGAUUCUUUUCUUCCUUUCUA